ACAGAAUCCACAUUCACUACGUUACAACAAGGCCUUUAUGUAAGAUCUACUUCGGAAGUUCUAGCUUAUAAGCUCAGAAGAUAAAUACCAGUGUCCGCGGGCGAGGAGCUGGUAAUCCGCUGUCCCAGGGCCGACCUUCUUCACCUCAUCACACAAAACGAUGCACCCCGCGAUAAGGGUGUGCUUGGGCCUUGUCAAAAACAGAACAUUGCACAUCGACCGCAAUGAAGGACCGGAUUGUAAGGACCUGUUUAGGAAACACCUUUCCAAUAUCUUCAACGAGUCCAGAUACGGAAAUGCGUCAACGAAUGCACUUCCAGAUGGUGACAGUUUCGACGUGUGGCGCUACCUUGCGCAUGAAUUAGAACCAAGGAGAGAUGAUCUGCCGACAGUUAUCAGCGUCACUAUCAUAUACUGUGUUCUCUUCUGCACUGGAGUGUUUGGAAAUGUUUGCACGUGCAUUGUAAUAGCCAAGAAUAAGUUUAUGCACACAGCCACGAAUUAUUACCUGUUCAAUCUGGCCGUGGCAGAUCUGCUUCUGUUAUUGAUAGGCCUUCCUCCGGAUCUCUAUACGAUAUGGGCAAUGUACCCAUGGAUAUUUGGCGAAGCGUUUUGUGUGGCACGCGUGCUUUUUGCAGAGAUUUCGACGUUUACGUCGAUUUUAACUAUAACGGCGUUCACUGUGGAGCGGUACGUGGCCAUAUGUUUUCCAAUGAAGGCGCAGAGAAUGUCUAGUUUGUAUCGAGCUGUGCGCGUGAUAUUCUGCACGUGGUGUCUGUCCACGAUAUGUGCUAUCCCCCAGGCGAUACAAUACGGGGUAGUGUACAUCCCCGACCCAUGGAACGCCACCCUGAUACAGUCUGCUAUGUGUACGUUCAAAGCUCAGGAGGGCAUCAAAUGGACGUUUCAGGUAUCGGCCAUUAUUUUCUUUGCUGUGCCGAUGACUUUUAUCACCGUGCUAUACACUCUCAUCGCGAUUACCAUCCGGAGAUCGACCCUCAGUCGAGGGUCCAUGGAUUCCUCAAGUAAGGAACAUCUACGUGGUGUGGAACUCCAUGCUCAGCAACAGGCCCGUGCGCGCCGGUCGGUUCUAAAGAUGCUGG